AAAGUAACUCAUCAUCUGAUAAGCACUUGCUGAGGCAUCUGGGAUACUGGUGUGUAUCGCAGCACAGACAAGUCUCCUGUAUCCGCGUACGUCUUCAAACUUAUACAUGAUGAUAUAUACUGAAAUGGGUGCCUGCAGCACAGUGUAUCCAUAAAGAUAUCUUUUUCAAAGAAUGUAGGUUUACUUACCAUAUCUGGUAUUAUUUUAGAGAUAAACUCCAUAGCGUCUUGGUAUACACCAAAUUUAGAUUUAUGGUAUGCCGCUGAUAUAAGGAAAUUAUGGAGGAUUCUAUCCUCAUCAUCACUAUUUAUAGUAUGUGCUGCUGAGUCAUCACUUUCAUCAAAUAUGAUGAGUGAUCUCACUAAAUCACGUUCGUGGAAAUGGAAGGGUCCAUGGCGGUAAUUUCGCCCCCUGAAGUCCAGAAAGAUUGGAAAAUAGAUUUUAUAAUCUAGAUAAGCCUCAGCUAUUUUCAUAGUAUAUAGUUCGAAGGUUGACGCGUGUAUAUUUUUUAACAAUACAGAUUUCAACUCACUAUAUCGAUAAAUCGUUGAAAGCUCCUCGUGUUUAAACAAAAGGCUAGAUAGUAGCCUGAGCGCCUCCUUUCGUUUAAAUAAAGCUAGAUUCUUCGGCCUGAGAAGCCCCACGGACACUAAUACACUCCAAUGUUUUUGUAUAAAAUCAUAGACUAAUUUAUUAAUUCGAUAGGGCUGCCGCUGAAGCUUCUUCACAGCACUCAACACUGGUUGAGAUCUCUCGCGAUCGAUAUGUAUGUCAAAUACACCAUAAUCUUUUUCACUUAAGAGAGUCGGACUAUCUCCACUCUCCCUUUGUAGGGUUGUGAGGUAACCACCUCUAUAACUCGAUAGAGGGGUCAGAUUCGUUAUAUAUGGAUCCGAGACUUCCGCGGUUGCGGUGGGCCGUAAUUCCCAAUCGGCUGGAGGGUAUACCAUAGGUAAGGUUGAACAGAAGGGUAGAUCUUUAAUGUCAAAUAGACAAUCUACAUAGCCCGGGUAUAUUACAUUUUUUGGCUUCUUAUUCUUCUUAUCAAAGAGAAAAACAGGUUUUUUGACUUCUAUCAAUUUCCUGCUAGCCAGCCAGCCAAACAGGGCUUCCCCUAUACCGGGCUCCUUAUGUUUACUGAUUCGAACUCUUUUUCGAUUCGUUUGUUUUGAUAUGCUCUUUUUCUUUCUAUCCAGCUCGGAAUGUACAUCACCAUUAAAGGUAUCCACACCUUUAUCUUGCAAUAAGAUGUUUUCAUCUUCAUUUAUCUGCUUAUCACCCCGCUUAGCUUUUUUGCGCUUUCUACCCUCAGCGAUUAUACGAUUAUACUCAAUCUUAGCUGCGGAAUCUAGUUCACUCACCAAUGUAGCAACUUGAACACUAGCCUUCUCCAAAGCAAACACAUUAAACUGCUUGCUUAAGACAAAUACAACUAUACAUUCCAGUGUAUAGGUGCCCAUAGCUCUAACGAUAUCUAGAUCGUCUGGUUUCUCUAACUUAUCAAGAAGGUAAUCCUUUGCUGUUUGCUCAUCUAUAUUGAUGAACUUAUUCUUCAACUGACCUAAUGAUUCAUAGACAUUGGCCUCAUAAAAAUACAUAGUCAUACGUUCUAUUUUAGUUUGAAUGCCUUUUAAUUCCUCAGCCGUCUGAUUGGUCUUAUUAUUAGAAUGAUCUAGUAGUGUAUUAAACACUUUAUCUUUAUUUAAGGGUUCCCUGUACCCCGAAUUCAUCAUAACCUCAUUUUCAUAUGUUUCAAUGAAUUCAUCCCAGAAUUGGUAGAGUUUUCCCAUAUCCUCAGCUGUGCGCUGACCCCCUGGAGGGAUCCAGUGUUCAGCGUUGUACUUAUUAUUUUGCAAACCCCAACGUUUGACUGUGUCAACAUUGAUAUCUUCUGAAGUACCGACUUCUACACCCCGCCUUAGUCUCUCCCAUUCAGCCUGCAUAGACUCUCCUAGCUGCUCUCUUUUUUCAUCCUCUAAAUCAGGGUCUCUAUCCGUUGAUACCCUAACUGACUCCCUGAUCGGGUUAUAAUUACAGUUAAAGAAAUCGCUCUUAAUUUUAUCUUUCUGCAAUUCUAAUUCACGCAUUUCUUUCUCAUAUCUAACCUCAUACUCGUAUUCUCUAUAUUCCAAUUCAGGAAUCUGACUCUUUUUCAAGAGUCUUUUCACUUCGGCCAAUUUUUUUGCUGUCAGUGGAGGAUAGUUCAUAUUUUUCUUUUUUGUGUGUCUUCUUGCAGGUUGGAUUUAUUUAGUUUGAGACAUGUAAGGACUUCUCCGGAGAGGUAUUCUCUGCAGUUCUGUCCAUCUCUGUCGGCACCAUUGUUAUCUGUCUCUUAAUAGUAGAGGAUCGCCGACGCCCUGUCUUUGAAGUAGAUACCUGGUUGGUAUCUUUAUGUAGAUUGGAAAUGUGCUUGUAUACUUUUCUAUUGCCCAGUGACUCUGAGAAAAGUGGGAAACCAUGUCAAAUCCGCAUGCUUGGCCUUCGGAUUCGUAGUCAUAGGUGCCUUGCUUAUAUUUAUUUUCAGACAGGCGGCAUAGGAUCAAAGGUUUCGAACCAAGAAGUUUCCCAUUCCUUUGGCGACGCAGGGAAGUCUCAUUUGGAAUUUCAUAUAGCCAGUGGAAAGAGGCGGUUUCUGAGAAGCAUCCAAAGGCACUGCGAAGAAUAUCCAUGGCGCUAAGGACUCGAUCGGAGGUGCCUUCCUCAGGAAGAAUGGUUGGGAAGAGACAUCAUGAAUCCUCAUUCUUUCGAAUGAACUUAUAUGAAUUAUGCAUUUUUCUCGUUUCCGUCCAUUUAUGUUCAUCCACAUUUUAGAAAUAGAAAUUCAUCCCGAAAUAACCAACUACCGCUUUCCUCGAACUCUGGCUUCUGCAUUAAGUUAAGUGAAGGUAGUCUAGGGUAAGGCCCGAAGAAGUCAUUUAAGAAAUCGAAUAAGAAGCUCGAAAGAAGUGAAGGCGUAUCAGAUACGGAUCAGUCUCUUUCCCCGUAGGCAUGAGUACGGCACCCUUGACUGGUUCUAACCAUUCAUUCUUCCCUGGUUCGACGCUUUCUCUAGUGGAGUGGAUAUGUGUUCGUCUACUUGACCUUUGUUGGUUCAUACAUACCUUUUCAUUCCUGCUAGUAAGGCAUCCCAGCUUUGCCUGUCCCCACGACUGCCCGCAUCAACUUGAAACCGGAGAGCACUGGCACUGAGAUACCUUACUUACUGAAUUUCCUGCUGGCCUUCCCUUACCUGCCCUUCCAUUUAGGUUGACGAAUGGGAUUUCCUUUUCUAGAAACACUGGGAGACUGGGUCUUCUCAGACAGAGAUGGUUCUGCUCAGCGAGAGAACGAGCAUACGAAUCAAUUCCAUGCCCUGAACUUUGAACCAGAGAUCCAGCUGGCACUUCUCUUUUGAUUCAUAACCCUUGCUUUGGAAUAUCCGGUUGACUUGGGCAGUUUCUUCUAUAUCUCGAAUGCUUCAAUCGCCAGGCCAGGUUCGAUCAAAGAAGUUGAUAGCGCGAAAGCUGUUUUAGUUAGUCACGUGCAUCCUCGCCUCUUGCUGAGUCAGGCUAUCAAGCCGUUGCGCUGCGUCUAUCCGUUUUCUUGUUGGGUCAGGUUGAGUUCUAAGCCCGUGUAAAGUGAGCUUGGUCUGGAGCAAGCUUGACUCGUACAAUAACUCGUCUCGUCUCGUAUAGUAUAGACGUUGAAGAAGCAGUCAAUGGUGCCUGCUCUAGAAAAUGCAUAUAUCAAUCAAGGAAGUGUUCCAGAAUUCGUCGUAUCCUGAGGUGAAUCUUGCUUGUUUUGCUAAUGACGUAAAUGGAAAUGAAAUGAAAUCUUGCUUCGUAAUGAAUUCCGCGAAUCAAGAGCUGGAAGAGUGCUUUCAACUCACUCCAAGGGGCAAGGGAUGGCACUAUCACGACUGAAUCGCCUAUUCGACUAGUGCCAAGCGACCGAUAUCCUGAUUGCCAAUCGAACCCAUAGGGACAAGAAACAGAUCAAACAAACCAUUCACAUCACAUGACCCUGACACUGUGCCUAUCUCGUCUCGUAAGAAAAGAAUUGGGUGGAGAAGCUGGCCUGGUCAAUCCAAGAAAAAAGGAUCCGUCCGAUUCAGUGGUUUCGCCCAUAAGGGAAGCAUACUUUGAUCAGAAAGGCGGGUCCUCUACGCUUUGAAAAUAGCAGGUAGUAGGCCCAUGGGAAAACAGACUUGCUCAAAUCCAUAUUCUUGUUUCCCGAGGCAAAACCCACUAGUGAGUCAAGUGAAAGUCCUCCAAUCUGUGAGGAGAGGAAAAUCCUUAUUGCAUAGUUGAGCAACUAUCUACUAUUGAUGACUGAGGCAUUACAACGACGAAGAUUGCAGAUUUGGAAAGAGUAUCAUUGUCUGACAACUCUUCCUUUAUACAGGAAGCAACAGUAGGAAAUAUGAGGAGUUUAUGUUCACAUCCACCAACCUACCAGCUUACUAGGACGGACUAUGAAGAACUGCAGCGGAUGACAAUGGCGCUUCUAUUCGAAUCGAACACAAAGACGACCCAAAUACAAAUACUAUUUCAUUUCAUUUAGUAGAGUAGAGUAGAGUAGAGGAGGGGAGCCCCACCUUUGAUAUCCAGUCGUGUGCCUGCCUGCUCUUAGAUAUGAUUAUUUCGAUUAGACCGCUCUGCUUUGAUCGGGAUCUUACUCCACUAAUGGUUCUGUUUUCGUACCAACUGCCCGGCCUAGCGCUUUAAAAAGGGCUGUCUGCAUUACUGGAAAAAAAAGUAGUAAAAUAAAAGUAGGGGCCACGUAGACUAUUCUGAGGUGGUAUGCUAAAUCCAUGAUCCACUGAUGUAGCUAGUGUGACUAAAGCUGCAGCUAUUGGCUUAACAGGUUCUAAACUCUCCCACCCGAUAAAGGAAUUGAAAGACUACCCCGGGCCCGGGCCACGUAGACUAUUCCCUUCCGCGGACAUUCUUUUAUAGUCUAGAAGGAAAGUAGCAAAGCCGAACGCAAAUACACAUGCAAAUUGCGUCGACUACCUCAUCACUGUCCAAAAUGGGGGAUACCGCUAUUCAUACAUGGAUGGACGAGGGACUCCGCUGACAACAUCAGUAGAUGACUUUUCUCUUUUCUCGCGGAAUGCUAUUAACGUUGGAAAAAACACAGCUCUCAAACUCACCCGGAGGGUGAUAGGUAGAAGCAUUAGUACCUAACGGAGCGGUAUCUAACCAAAAGGGAAGGGAGGUGAUGUUCUUUUUAUAAACAGGAUGGAGCAUGGCUUCCUUUCUUCUUAGAUACAUUUCAUUCAUUCCAUUUCUCUAUAGUUUACACUAUAACAUCUUUUAAAUCCUGACAGAUCUCGAAAAGGGUGGGGGCACUAGAACCAAAUCUACAUACACAUCGAAACUUCCUAUCUCAGCCAAGCUAGCACCUUCAUCCCACCAAUGCAUUGUACGACUCUCCACCCUCCGCCUUGCCUUUUCCUCCCUCAUGAAAUCCAAAUUUCCCGCAAUGAAAUUCGAUUUCGUUCAUGUGCAAAACGGCCCUGAGAUCCGGGACUGGUAAAACAUGGGUGCCCCAUUUUCUUUUCCGUGCUCCGCCUUAGUGCCCUUAUGAAGGCGGCGGGGAGUCCUUAGCCUUUGAACCAAACUCUAGGGAACGCUCAAUUGCCUGACGUCUCAACUGCAAUGGUGAACUCAGUGACAUACACUGAAAUGGAUUGCAUCUAUUGUUCCAAACAAGGCUGAUAUUAGCAGGGCAAGCCCUUCCAUGCAAUUUCUUGCUUCGCUCUACAGACGAAAGUGCCGGAUAGUCAAUGGUAACCAGAAGAUCUAUGGUUUUCGAGAGAAGGUAAUUGGAAAAACGAUUCAUUCCUUUGCUUUCUUUCAGAUAUAUAUUCAAUAAGUCUGACCUUACCUGAAAACGAGAUUCAUGAAGAAGCCCAAAAAGUGCCGGGCUUAGUGCAGCCCAGUUCCUAGCCAGUGUUCAGUUAUUUUUUCAGAGCUGUCCUCCUUCCCUUUAAGCUGCUCUCUAUUUGAAGCCAAAGUCACUAUUUCUAUCUUUCCUGUUAUUUCGUACCUAGUAGUAUAUAUGGAGAAUACCAAAAAGCUAUCAAUUACGCAUAGGAGUUGUAUAAAAAAGGGCCCUGACUUGUUGAAGUGCUUAUUUUUUAGAGAGAUUGACUUUUCUUUCAAAAGGAUACAUCAACCUGUAGUGAACCGGGCCACCGAGCUUGCUUUUACCGCUCUUACAGCUCUCUCUCUUCUUUUUUUUUUGGUAGUUUGGCCAGGAAAGAGAAAGAGGAAUGUACCCAUUUCUAUUUAUCCAUUCUAAUAGAAAGUACCCAAAAUGUUUUUUAAUGUAUGGAGCAGGCGUAUGAGUUGAUAUCUUCAAGAGUCAAAUCCUUUUCUUGCCCACCCAAAAGAAAAAAAUCGUUACGAGCAUCUCCAAAAUGGAAUUGAAAAGCUCCAAUUUCCAUAAUGGUAGCGGGGAAAUACCCAGGGAAGAAUCAUUCUUUUAAUCAUCCAGAUCUAUCAAUUUGCGAAUUCAAUAAAAAACGGACUGAUCCUCGGAAUACACCAUUAUCUUUCGAAGUGCGUAGUCAAUACUAUGUUAUAUUAUAUUCAAAGAAACAAGUAAAAGAGUAAAGGCUUCGCCCUUCAAUACCACACUUCCAAUCUAAAUUCCUACGAGAUUGACGUUCGAAGAAAAAGACAUGGUUUGAUAGAAACUUUAAGUGGGUAUCAAAUAAGCUGGAAUGAAUGGUAUCAAUUUCUUCUUUUCUAUACUGAAUCUGCUUCGGUAUCUCUUUCUUCCUUCCCUUCUGUAAACCAAGCAGUGACUAGCCUCUGGCACUCACUUUCCAAAGCACCAAUUGACUUGCUUUCAGAACAACCCUGAUCAGUUAUACCGGAAAUACCACCCGUACUACGUACGCCAUUCCCAACGCGGAGCGCCUUUAUUUUCGUAUUGAACUCCGCUAGGAAGAAAAAGUUAGACCGUAGCCUAGUCACUCUUCUUUCCAAUAUACUUAUAAAUAAUCGUGGCCGGCGCAAACCUAGCACCGCGUUGACAUCUUCGCUUCAAAAGCUUUCAUUUUAUUUCUUUCAAAGGAACAUGAACUAGGUUAUUUACGGGAAGUCGUCCAGUCUAGGAGCACUCCCUUAGAUUUGUAGAACGUGAACAUGAGUGGUAGACUGAACACCCACACAAUCUCUAUUUGACAGAGCAACACCUUGAACGAAAUCAAAAUACUAAACAGAGUGGGUUACCGGCUCUACGACCCCAUUCCGGGGCACUACUGUAGAGCUCUUUGGGCCUUCCAUCUUUCUUUCGUCGUUUCGCACAUAGAUACAACUGUACUCUCUAUUAGAAACUAUAUAAUAUAAUAAAAAUGGAAGUACUUUCGAGUAGUCUUACAUUCACAUCUUUAACUACUCGUUUUUUCCCGUUGCUAGCUAGCGUCUCACCUUCUUUUCCGAAAACGUAGGAACUAAAGAGGCCGGCCUUCGGCAAAGGGAAAGCGUGAAAGGAUUUAAAAAAGGGGCUUUACUAAACUAAACUAAUAUAGAAAUGGAAAUCUGAUAAAGAUGCCUAGUCUGCGCUGUUAGAAUCCAUUGGAGAAAGGCUUGCUCACUUCUUCAUCUGUGAGAUACUCGUAUUAGAAUAAUUUAGAAUAAUGGGAUUGGACCUUGCUUCGAUCCCCUCUUUAAGAGACUCCAGAAACUCGUUGACCCAUAGAUGUAAUAGCCGAAAUGAAACUCUUUUCCUUUACGCCAUAGGAACUAGUAUAGAAUUAUAAAAGAGGUCUUUCCUUUACGUCGUAAAGAGAAGCAUGUGCCUUCCACCUAUCCUUCCACGUAUAGCUGGGCUUUAAUAAAGAACGCAUCGGGCAGCGAGCGGAAAAGAAAGUCGAUUGAAUCUUGGUAAUUGAGUGAAGAAGCUCUCAGCGAAGAACAACCCGUAAAUCUAGGAAGUAUUGAAUCGGGAUCCGAUCUCUUUUGGUACACUCGAGUCAUAAGGUGUGUACAGACAGACAGGCUUCCUUUCGAAAGGCUAGGCACCAUUUGGUCCAAAGCUCCUCAUAUGAUGGGUAUAGGGUGACGACCUUAAUGAAUCAAGUAUUCAGGUGGCAGAGUUAUUAGCUACAUAAGCGCUCAAAUUCCAGAAUACUUAUUGCCCUGGCUUCUAUGAUCAACCCCUGGCACAUUUCGGUUUUGAUCUGAGGCUAUCCUGGUCUGCAGGACCCAACACAAGUAUUCAUCCUUUCCAAUCUGAAAAAGGUGUUGCCGAAAGCUUACCCUCUUCCACACGGAUGCUACAGCCGCUAUCACUUUUGCAGGAGGGGAAUUACAGAGUUCGCCUCUCGACAUCUUGUUUGGUAAACGGAAUUUUUACCCAGGCGCCCUAGUGUUGCCUAACCGUUCGGCCUCGGAUGCGAGAUCUUUAGCUACUUGUAUCAAUUUGCCACAGUGUGCUUAGAUACAAUGCGCUGGCAGCUGAGGCUUGGCAGGAUGGGAGUGAAUUAAAUUAAGGUCGAGGGAGCAGGAAAGAGUUUGUUAUUCGCUAUUGGCUUAGUACGGCCUAUACAUAAUAGGGCCAUGACGGUUUUGGCAAGGCCUUGAACUUCAUAUAUCCCUUUUUUACUCAAUCCAGAAUACCGAUAAAGUCAGAUUGAAUCAUUUAUCGACCUUUCCUUUGGAUUUAUUAUCAUAGGUAGUGUUCGAGAUCGCCUCUGUGCGGUGAACGCUCGAAUGUAGCUAACAUCAGUUUUGUCCUCGCGUGGUUGUGAAGGAGAUGCUGCUGCUGGAUGGAAUGCUUCCGGGGCGCCAUGAUCCUUCUAUCAGGAAUAAUCGAGGGCACUGACUGACUGCAUCAAUCAUCGCUCAGUGAGCUAUUAAUUGCCGCCAAUAGCGCUUCGCUUGCAUGCAAGGCGGCUAAUAAAAGCGCCAGGUAGACGCGCGGAGAUGCAUUUUUAGUACAGGUGGGACAAGCUCUAGGGGAAUAAUCUCUUUCUUAUUUCUUUCUUAUUUCUUUCCCAUGACGACUAGGAACGGGCAAAUCAAGAAUUUCACUUCGAAUUCCGGACCUCAACAUCCUGCUGCUCAUGGUGUUUCACGAUCAGUAUUGGAAAUGAACGGAGAAGUGGUGGAACGUGCGGAACCACAUAUUGGAUCACUCCAGUGCGGCACGAAGCCGCUGACGCUGAGUAGGCUCCUAUGCCGCUAGCACGGUGGAGUAGCGCGUCAUGAGCACCGGGCAAAGGGACGGUUGAGCAACUCAAGCGAACCGCUCUACCUGACUUUGGAUAAAGAUAGAAGGGAGAAGGUUGUGAAGGUGGCCUCGUUAUCCACACAUCUGGUCGGAGGACCGACCUGGGCGAGCGUAGGCGGGUCCUGGAGUGCCCGUCAAGGGCGCUAGCGCAUACCCCGGGGUGAUCAUCACCACCUGCACCUCACAUCUCGGCACAGUGGAACGUGUAACCCGCCUGCUGUCCAAGUCAACCACUUAAUUUCCUGUAAUUCAUAGCGCCUAACAGAACGUAGCAGCAAGGGACAACCCACCCAUACAGACAGCCUGCGGGGAGGAUGGCACUACUGGCAAAGACCGUCUGGCGAAAACGCCGCAGGCGCGAAGCGUGGUGGGCCUGCGCCGGGGGAGCAUAGGGAGGAAAGGGAGCCCGGACGGUGGAAGAGCCAGGGGAAGCCGGGUCAUUUGACGGAAAUGGAAGGUCCGAGCAGCUCAUUCAUUCUUGGAAAAAGAGGGGGGGAGCGGGCCAAUGUAUCAAUGAAUAGAUACAGUCAACGGUAGACAGACAGCGCUGCCUACACGCGAAUUAGCUUCCGAACAAGCAAGGGAUUGAGCAACUAGCGCUAGGCGCAUCCUCUUGCUGGUCGAGCGGUCUCAAUUUCACUACAGGAUUUGCGAAUGAAUGCUGGGCCACCUCAAAUGGCGUGAGCCGCAUGCGGGGAGACCCGCACGUACGGUUUUCAGGGGGAUCCGGCCGGCGCCCACCGACUAGAGGGACUGAGAAAUUAAUCGAGUACAAAACUUAUCUUCAAGCUUUACCUUAUUUUGAUCGUUCAGAGGGCGAUCGCGGAGUCACUGAAUGAAGUCCUCCCUUUCUUUCGGGGGUGCUGACCCGCUGCGAGGCAGAUAUGACUAAGUGACAUAUUGAAUAUGGCGACGACUACAGCAUGUCGUAGAAGGAGAUAAGAGGUGGAGCCAACGACCCACUAAGACUCACGUAUCUACAACUACAUUCCCGAGCGGCAGUCAAACGGAGGCGUGAAUGCAAGAUGCCAGCGGAAUGAUCGACCGGACAGAGGCUAGGGCUGCUUUCUUCCCACCACGUCCUUCCUUGUGUGUCGGAGAUAUAAAGCGAGUGCACCGGAAAAGAAGGGGAACAGAGUCGAUCUAUUCCAUGGCGAAGCAUCCGAAGCAUAACUGCACACUCACACGAUCUUUGCCGAGAGAUAGGAGCAUUCGGUGGAACCGGUGAACUACACUUGCUUCUUGAUAGAUGUGUGGGACAGAGGGCUCGUGGUACCUGCUGCCCACCCUUCCUCCGCUUUGAUAACCGUGUGAACGGAGAGUGGGCAGAGCAAAAGGGAAGGAGGUCCUCAUACGGAGUCGCACACUUGAGCAGUGCGGGAGACUGGAGAAUGGGUCGAGUAAACUCCCUUAGGGCCGAUUAAAUCACAGACGAGGUUCUUUAUUUUUUCUUUUAUAUUUGGAGAAAAAAGAAAGGCAGAGGUAAAUACUUCGAAGAGGCGGCUCGGUAGGGAUGGAAUGGUCAAUCGUCAAGUCAAGGAUGACUUCUUUGUUGGCGAAACGAUGGGGGAGAGAAAGCACGCCAGUGAUUCUCUGAGCCGGUCUUCAUUUCCAACGCCUCGGGAAACAGGUCGAGAUAGAUGACAGCACCUUUUUAUCCUCUUCCUUACCGGGAAGGCGCACUUCUCUUCUUCUUCUGGCCUUCACCUCCUGCCCGGCCCGGAAAUAGAACCCAGCCCCCUUUCUGAUCCAUUCAUUUCUGCAAGCAGGCGGGAUCCAGAGCUAAGCCCCCCUCCUAUUCGAAGCCGGGUGUGGCCUCGCCCUUUUGCUCUUCCUUCGGUUUGGCUCCACGAAGGCGCCGCCUAGACUAGGAGCCCCACUCAUAUUCAAAAGGCGCCCAGCUUUCAAGACGAUGAUAAUAAGUAGUUAGGCUGCCAUUAUUCCAAUAUCAUGGAAUAGCAUGGCCCGGGGCUAAGGUAACUCCAGUGGGAGAGCCGUGUUAUGGGUGACCUUAUUGCACGGUUCAGAGAGCACUUGUGUAUGUGAUGCAAGUGAACGUGUACGAAAAAGCUGUCGUAAAGUUUCGUUGUUCGUUCCGUCGUUGACCCUAUCUAUGUUUCUACGAUGGCCCAAGAACACGCUCAUUCUUCAGCCGUAGAGAGACUUUUGAAUUGUGAGGUACCAUUACGAGCUCAAUAUAUACGAGUGUUAUUCUGUGAAAUAACUCGAAUUUCAAAUCAUUCACUUGCUUCAACUACUCAUGCUAUGGAUGUGGGAGCAUCAACUCCGUUCCUUUGGGCUUUUGAGGAGCGGGAGAAAUUGUUGGAAUUCUAUGAAAGAGUCCCGGGAGCCAGGAUGCAUGCCAGUUUUCAUACGACCUGGUGGAGUGGCACAAGAUCUGCCUCUUGGCUUAUGUCGAGAUAUUGAUUCCUCCACACAACAAUUUGCUUCUCGUAUCGACGAAUUAGAAGAGAUGUCAACCGGCAACCGUAUCUGGAAACAACGAUUAGUGGAUAUUGGUACUGUCACUGCACAGCAAGCAAAGGAUUGGGGAUUCAGUGGUGUAAUGUUAAGAGGUCGUGCGACAUGAAGACAUUGAUAGCAAUAUGGGGGAAGUUCCCAUCAGGCAACAACGGUUCUGCCCGACCCUACAAAAGCAUGCAUAUGUUGUCAGUGAAGAUUUUGUGUGAAGCCUUGGAGACGACGUACCCGGGGCUAGGGUGAGCUGAGGGGGGACAGCGUAAGUGAGCGAAUGUGUGUAAGCCCAGUCAAAGAUUCCUAUUCUAGGCGGGCCAUCAACCUUCGAAUGGUGUUGGUCCUACGGACCGUGAACGGAUUCGCCUCUGGCCUCUGGGCACGUCGGAACCGCAUGAGUUCACCGGGGUGGAGCACGGUCCGCCAAAAUCGGCAUAGGUUAGGUGCUAUUGAUGGAACAUGGUAAGCCCAUCUUUCUCCAUAUGAAAGUGCUGCGGGCACAUAGAGAUGUGGGUAGAGGAAGUCUCAAAAAGCGAAGGCCGAGCUGUAGGUCACGUGACCUGCACCGAAAAGGUGGCUGACUGGGCUUUCUCCUGGAUCAAAGCAGAUCAGCUCGCCAAAUUCGUUGAUCGAAUCGGGCGCCCCGGAACGUCGAAUGAAAAUACGUGGUCUUUCUACAACCCUAUUUAUAUGAUAGGCCCGGCCCCUUUCCCCCUAUCCCUCCCUUAUGUUUAGGAGCGGGAUCUGCCCAAGAACGACCUGUGGUGGUACGGACUCCGCAAGCGUCCCGCACCCUCUGAGAAAGAAACUCCUCAACCAUCACAAGAUAAAGAAGUAUGACGCUCUGUGUCUGACUCUAUUGGUCAUAGUUCCUUGCUGUUGCGGCCGGUGCUCGUUUGCGCGCGUGUGAACCACCAGAUCAUAAGGAAAGAUGCCUCUCGGGGCAUCUGAGAAUGAUUCGAGCCGUAUGAAGGGAAACUCCCACGUACAGUUUGUUUUGGGGGGGAAGGAGCCCGACAGGGUCCCCCCACUGACUUGGCCCGGGCCUAAGUGAAAGUGAAAAAGUGAAGUGGUGGGCCUACCCAUCCCAACCUGGGGUAUGCUGGGAUUCGCGAAGAGCAGCACCUUACGAUGUUCAUGACCAAUCGGAUCUUGACGUACCAGUAGGUACCAGAGGAGAUCGCUAUGAUCGUUACUGUAUUCGUAUCGAAGAGAUGCGACAAAGUGUUCGGAUCAUUGUGCAAUGUCCUAAUCGAAUGCCUAGUGGCAUGAUCAAAGCCGAUGAUCGUAAGCUAUGUCCUCCAUCACGAUCUCGAAUGAAACUAUCCAUGGAAUCGUGCGCCGUGUGAAACGUAGAUCAUCGCCGUUCUUAACCGAGACUCAGGUUAAGCUCCGUCUCGGAACCGUCGUGGGGUUAGGAGUAAAGCAUCCCGAGGUUGGCGCAUCUCGUUGGGCGUGGAGAAGCAUUGGGAACCCCAAUAUCUUUCUUCGGAGCAGUUUCUUUUCCCGUCCCCUCGCCCCGGCAUAGCGCUUCGCUUCCGGUUCUUCGGAAGAAUCAACUGACUUCUCCCUUCUUCAUUGAUCCGGGGGAAAGGGAACCGUCUACCAGUUGGGAAGCUAGACAUCAAGGUUGUGGCUUGAUGAGGAUAACUAAGCUGACACGCCGGAGUUGGCUGCUGGCACAACAGGGUGGUGCCUUACCGCACCGCAGGCGCACGCGCGGUAGCGUUCGUGGUGGUGCUUCAGGAUUCCAAUGUACUGCGUCCAAGAUCAGAACGAGCUUGCCGGCGGACCACUGCCGUCCCAUUCUUUAGUGAGCUGGAGCGCUGCCAUCUUAUCCACGGAAAACGCGUCAAGCUAUCGCUUCGGGUCGAAGCACUAAAAAAGAAAAGGACCGGGAAACGCGGCGGCAUAGGAACCACGGGAACCCAGGAGGGAGAAAGACGAUGUACGGGAUACGGGAUCCUCGUAGUAGGCUGGACCAAAAUCCAGCCGAGAGAGGGCAGCCUUUAGAAGCAACAGGUUGGGAAACCAAGAGAAGGUCUUAUCUUCUUCCCGGCACAAAAAGAGGGAUUAGCAUUAUUGACCCCAUGAGAAAGCACUAACACCUUCGGCUCCGCGCACUGGGAAAAGGCUUCCGCGACAGGAAACCGGCUACUAGUUAGGAAGUGAACAUAAGGUAUCAAGAGGUCCCUCACAGUCAGGUGCGAUGCAAUUGCCCCCUAUUAGUCAAGUACCCCUCUUCCUAUUUUGUUUAGGGGUUAAAAUGGCUUGAUGAACCCUUCCGUUCACACGCACCGGCCCCAUUCACUUGCAACUCGUAGAGGCUGUAAGUAAAGUAAACAGUGCCCCACUAAAUUCAAAGUGACGGUGGGGUUGAAAGACGAGAGUGCCUACCCCCGAGCCGAGAGUGCCCGCCCUUUCUGUCAAGUAGGCUACUUUUUCCGGAACGCAGUCCGGAAUAAGCGUUCCUGUGUAUAUAGAUAUCUUCGAUGCUGUCAUUUCGAAAUGUCCGCUUCCUCUUUCACCUCCCAAAAAGCAAAGUUGGCUUGACGAGCGCAGAUGAGGAAGCGGGAGCAAUAAAACCAAGAAUCUCUUUCUUUUCCAAAUACUUACUUUAUUAAGAUUAAGUUAAGGGGCAAAGAGAAGCGCUUUCGCUACUGAGAAAGCGAAUGGUCAGCGCGAGGGUUCGACGACUUAGCCGAGCGUUAGCGAAGCGUCAUUCUCAUAUCAUAGCGAGGCGCUUCGAGUUAGCGAAGCGCUGUAGUAGCGUCGGAGACUAUGUGCUAUAAUGCUGAACUAAGGACGUUCCGCCUUAUCUAUAGAAGCAGUCAACUGAGUUCUGAACGAAUGGGAUCCUUAGUGGGUAAUGGCUCAAUCAAUCUAUAGAUGGAAAGCCUUAUGAUGGGAAACUACCACGUUAGGUUUGGAGAGAGAUGGGACCUGUUAUAGUUUAGGGGGAGCAGAUGCAAGCUUUUUCUUUCCAUAGCCGGCCAAAUGACUACCGGAUCAUCGGUCUACUCUACCUCAAUUCACCAUUUCGAACUUUAUACAGAAGGUUUUUCCGUACCAGCUCCUUCUACCUAUACCGCAGUUGAAGCACCUAAAGGUGAAUUUGGUGUCUUUCUUGUCAGUAAUGGGAGUAAUCGUCCCUACCGUUGUAAAAUAAGAGCACCUGGCUUUGCCCAUUCACAAGGACUCGAUUCUAUGUCCAAACAUCACAUGCCAGCAGAUGUAGUCACCAUCAUAGGUACUCAAGAUAUUGUGUUUGGAGAGGUAGAUAGAUAGGACGUAGUCUUGCUCGAUCAGGACCCUUGCUUUAUUGCGAGCCAAAACAGCUGCGCUAUUCAGUUCUACAUCUUUUUUUACAUUUAAAGAAAUGUGAAAAUGCAGCCCUUUAGUUUUAGUUACAGAUGUGAAAAAAGUAAAUAUCUCUCUGUCUGUGUAGGUUCGGUUUGUUCUUAUCGAUCCAUUUCUUCGAGUGUGGGUGUCCUACGCUACUUCCGUUCAUGUUUACGUUCUCAAAAGACCUUGGAAAAACCAACGCCGACCAAAAUCCAAGUCUCCCUUUCUCUUUUGGGAGCAGAGCUGAAAAAGAUGGAAAUAUGUGCUAUGUGGAAUCACCGUAUCUUUCACUUUGGGCUUGACCAAGCAAGCCAGGCGUCUUCAAGAACUUUUAGUUCAACAACGCGAAAAGGAAAUCCAAUUUCGGUAAGACUUUGUCUGAUCUCCAUGCGUCUCGUGGUGGCCGCCUUACCCAUUUUUCUAGUUCUAGUAAUGUGGUUUGGGUCCCAGGGGUCUCUUCCUAUCGAUCCCCAUAUUCUGGAGGCAGUCAAGGGAAGUUUCGUACGGCAGGGGGUGCUUACAAUUUGCCGGCUCCUGGGGUUCGAUAUGCCCGUUUUCAUUAUUAUUCUGGCAGCCAAAAUAUUCUAUAAAAUACUGUUUUGGUUGUGGGGAAUUUGACUAUGUCCGGGACAUACAACAAUAUUGUUUUCGAUGUAAGGAACCUUACGAAAAUUCCAAUUGAAAACAAUAUUGUUUUUAUUUAUGCAGCUGUUUUUUGAGUAUGGGAAACGUCCUCAGUUCUUCGAUUCAUUUUCCGAUCGGUAAUAUUUCCUGGUGUAGGCAUAGGAAACCGAGGCCCACCAACCGUAUACUUGUUGGUUUGGUGGGGAAAGAAGAGUGGGUAAGUGGGCUUCUUUCAAGGUUCGUACAUAUCCUCAACUUCGACCUGCAGAGCCAAAUUAUCUUACUUUUACCAGCUUAUUGCGCGUAUUCUGACAAGUGAUUCGAUCUCAUCAUCACCAUAAUUGUCGUUGUCAUCUAGAUUGCUUUCUUCACAAUCCUCGUCGUAACUGGCAUAUGUUUAAAGAGGGGCCUCCUCUCCUGCUUCCUGCAACAAAAACAACAAGAGAAGUGGAGUUUUCUAUCAGAACAAGACUAUUACAUACAUCAAGUAUUAUCAAUAAUCAAAAAGACUCUAAAGAGUAAGACGUACAUAAAAAUCGUCUUCUGUUUGAGAGUCGAAUUCAACGACCUUCCGGGCAGUUAUACUCGGGUACGGCUUGGAAGGCUUAGCGCCCUUAACCUGACAAUUUAAGUUCCCUAUUAUUGAUUCGAUUCCCCAUUUCCUGGACAAACAACCAGGGUAGCUACUUGGUGAGUUAUACUUUGUACUCUUCGGUGGCUUAGGAAGACAACAUAGCAUUGAUUAUGAGUCAACAUUUUUCCCAUGUUUAAGAUAGUGAAAGCUUAAAACAUAUCUUCUCUUUCCCAUCAAGCUAGGCUAGGCAAGGUGCGCUUCCUUUCUGUAAGAAGAGAGUAGCAACGUUGUAAAUUCAUUGUUCACCACACUCUCUGUGAACUAUCAUCGGUAUUUAGAUGUGUAAGAAAAAUUACGAUUGAAAGCGAGUCAGGUUUAGCUCGUACAGAAGUCCAAACUUCAAAACUUGAUAAGAGAAGUCCUAACCUAUCGUCCAAAAUUACUUGCUUGCGGCAGCUCAAACGAAACUGCAUGGGCAAUCAUAACACCGCUGCUACAUUUCAAAGUUCCGGGAUCGGUGGCUAAACCUACAGAAAGAAAGGUUGUCCGUAAAAGCGAAGAUCAAUAUAGAGAUGCUCAGCAAUAGCCUCUUUCCUUUACCGAGACUAUUCCGUCUCAAAGUGAAUCUGCACUACUUUUGAUUUGAUUUGAUACAGACUGAAAGAAAUGCAUGCUCAAAUUCAAAAACGAACAAUCUCUUCCUUGGUGCUGAGAUGGGCAGGCUCCUUCGCGACUUCGAUCCGUCCAUUCUAUUCCAUCACUACUUCAGUACUUCAGAUCUCGUCCGUCGGUAGUGAAAGAAAUCAGUUCUCUUCCCGCUCCAGCUCAAUAGCAUGUGCUUUCCUGGCACUUGGAAAUCCGGAACAUCUGAAUGAGUGGAGUGAACCAAGAGAGGCACUGCUCCAGUGGAGGGUUCAUGGCCAUACCAUAGAGUGCUUUAACUGGAGAGGAUUGCAGAAGUGAUGAGCCGAAUUGUACCAAGCCAAUGGCAACCACUUAACCCACUGUUUUGGAGUAGAACUUACUGAGCACCUGAGAUACAUCUCAAGACACUGAUUCAUUCACUCUUUCAGUCUGCCCCUCAGUCUGAGGGUGAUAGGCAGAGCUCAACUGCAACUUAGUGUCCAAUAGCUUGCCCCUCCAAAAGGAGCUAGUGAACACCCUGUCCCUGUCAGAUACAAUAGUGGCUGGCACUCCAUGCAACUUCCCAAUAUUGUUUAGGAAAGUGGUAGCAACUGAAGCAGCAAUGUAAGGAUGUUUAAGAGGUCAAAAAUGGGCCUAUUUGUCUGUCUACCACUACUAAUAUAAAUAGAACAGAGAGCCCUUCCGAUUUAGUCCGGCCCUCAAUCCAUAGAUAUAUCUUUCCAAGCUCCAUCAGGUCUAUUUGUGCCGGUGCCGGGCUGCCAUCUCAUCUAUGAUGAAGAAUCUCUUGUCAUACCAACUCGUUUACUCGCUGGCACUCAAAGAAAUGCAAUUGCAAAAGAAAUGGUGAUUGGUGCGUUGCUUAGGGGGCUUUCUGCUUUCGAUGGUACAACCCAAGUCGACUACUUACCAUAAUAACCAGUGCUGGGCUCUCUCGCGAUAACAACCCACUUCGUUGCGCCUUUUUUCUUGAUGGGUAUGGGUGAUCUUUGGGGCGGGUUAGGGUUCCGGAUCAGGCAAAAGUAAGAACUAAAAACGGAUACUUUUGAAUGCUUGGGUUGCUUUGAUUGAAUCGAUUGAUUCACCCUUGGCCAGAGAAGAAGAUAGGGAAUUCCAUAGAGUCUUGAGAGUAGAAAGCAGCUGAUAUAGAUGCCACCCCACCAAAUAAAUCGUAGGUAGAAUGAAAGUAAGUGAUUACUGUAGUGCCAUGCAUUUGGGAUUACAGUGCCAAGCAUUCGUGCUGGGAUUUGAGACAGUGCCAAUCUCAUCUCGAACUAUUACUAGCAAAUAAAUCAUAGGUAGAAGGAAUCUCAGUGAUUACAAUUACAGCAGCGCCACGCCAGUAGAGUAGAUUCCGUUCGUUCUAGCAAUCAUGCCAGAACUCACUGAUCCAUGUGCUCCCAGAAGGAAGGAUCUCGUUCCCAUAGCAUAGCCUAUAAUGAAUGUGGCUUUCCCCCCCAUCUCCUAUCUAUAGCUUCUAUAGCUUAUAGCUGGAAUGACCUAUAUGACCGGAACCACCUAAACAUCUAUAUGACCGGAACGGAACCUCAACCUAUAUGUAUAUGACCGGAACCUAAACAACCUACUGGACUUGCUUUGCUACUUGAGCCUAAGCUAUAUGAUCUGAACCAACCCUAUCGGGACUAGAUCCUGUCUACGGACUUGAUCCUGUCAUGUCAACGGACUUGCACUUGCCUGUCAAUCUUGACGGACUUGAUUGUUUCAAUACGUCAAUCAAUACGGAUUCUCUUUCCUGUGGAAAUGCUAUCUACCUGGAAGGAAGGUUUGUUUCCCGAAGGAAGGAGAUGGAGAUUCUUUCGCUGGAGAGAUACUUCUCAUUGGAGAGGAGAUACUUUCUCUUUUCGGGCUCGAAAUCUGUCCUGUCGAUUUCUCUGAUUUAAGGGCGCAAGCACAAUACUGCACUCUCCCUGCUUGCUCGCCCGAUCCGUCGAUCUUCUCGAGAGGAGCAGUUCAAAUCACCCUGUACGGAUCCAUUGGGAUCACCUAGAGCCGCGAGUCCAGUUGAGUGAAUCCUUUCAGGCUGGAUGGAUGCGGUGGGCUAGCUCUGCUCUCUUCUCGAAAUUGCAUAUUGCAUAGAGUAGUAUUGUACGAAACGAUAUCUCGUAACGGAAGGAUGGAAACCAAGAGAAAGAAGACAGCUCUAUCUCAGAAGUGAGCUCCGUCUCACAAGUUAGCUCCGUCGACACCUCGAGCUAUUCAAACGAGUGUUCAGUCAUCAGAUCUCAAUAUCGGGUUGGGAAUCUUUCUAGACUAAAAAGUUUCGUUUUCGUGGGUCGGUGUCAAGUCUAUCUCUCAUGUUGCUCCUCAGAAAACGCGUAGAAUAGUAAUGUCAUUGGCCCACUAGAUAAGGAUGGGACAAACGCUCUAGUCUAUGCGUUAGAAGGCAACUAGUAUUUUUGGUUAUUUUGGGAGGGAGUCUUUUUCUGUCUUGAGGGUUGGUUUGAUUGGAAAUCGAAAUGCCUCAACUUGAUAAAUUGACUUAUUUCUCACAAUUCUUCUGGUUAUGCCUUCUCCUCUUUACUUUUUAUAUUCUCUUUUAUAAUAAUAAUAAUGGAAUACUUGGAAUUAGCAGAAUUCUCAAACUACGGAACCAACUGCUUUCGCACCGGGGGAACAAGAUCCGGAGCAAGGACCCUAAUAAUUUGGAAGAUAUCUCGAGAAAAGGUUUUAGCACCGGUCUCUCAUAUAUGUACUCCAGUUUAUCCGAAGUAUCCCAAUGGACCGUCGACUAUUUGGGAAAAAGGAGGAAAAUCACUCUGAUCUCAGAUUUCGGAGAAAUAAGUGGCUCACGAGGAAUGGAGAGACAGAUUCUCUAUUUGAUCUCGAAGUCCUCAUAUAACACUUCUUCCAGUCGGAUCACUUGUUGGAAAAACAUAAUGCUCACACAUGUUCCACACGGGCAAGGAAGCAUAAUCUAAUGAACUUAGAUUCUUUUCUUUCUAUAGGACUGAGGAUCCUUGCCUAGAUCCAGAAAAAGUUGGAUGCGCCGGAAGCUGAAGCGGAAAUGCAAUUCUCGGGUGAGGAAAGGGUUGUCUCAGGUACGCCUGGGGCAGGAUUGAAUCGAUGUACCUAAGCUAAACUUAUAAGAUUGAACCACCUAUAGACGGAAUUAGGAGAGCUGAGGUUUAAUCCAAGACCAGGAAAGCACCAGCUAUAUCGAAGCCCAAUGCCAAGCAAAGCCCUAGACGGAAAGUGAAGAAAUUGGCUUCAAGCUUCGCCCUUAACCCAAGAUGAGGUGGAGCCUUACCCCGACACAAGGUGGGACCCUCCCAUUAGGAUAGUGGGCUUAGUCAGACCAACAUAGGUUGUCAACCAAAAAGGAGAAGCUCCCGUUAUUGUUGGUUUAUGGACCUAAGACGAGAGGAUUGGGCUUAGAACAAGACCUUUCGGUGGAUAUGAUCACAUCUUCAUGACAAUAGGUGUACACCUUUGGCCUCACUCAAGGUAAUGGGUGACCAAACCUAACGAGUCUAAACAAAUUGGAUCUUAUUGUGUGACAAAAACUGAGAUUGGGAAUGCUUGGCAGGUAUUUGAGUACCAGUAAAUUAGGGAAAUCAAACACAUAAAGAAGUUUUCUUUCCAAGCCUGGUACACCACACUUAAGUAAGUCGAUUCAGAUUAGCCAACAAGCGAAUCCAUUCCAUUAACUCAGUCAACUCUUUCUGGUAAAAGUGCUCAUCAUUACUACUAUAUAUAAUAUAAUAUAAUAUAGUAAAUUACAGACAACACUCAAUGCUAAUGAGUGGAUCAAGUCAUUUACUAGUCAAUGAACUGACUAAACCCUGUCUGUUCUGGGAAUUGACCCACUUAACUAUACUCUUAGGGCAAGCCGCCCUGUGGUAAUUAACUCCGUAAAAUCUGUAUCAGUCUUGAGGCAAUUUGGAAAUGCUAGACAAAGAUAUUAAUCAGAGUCAGUCAAUUCCCUAGCUACAGUUAAUAUGAAAAAUCCCGGGUAGGUAAUUCAAACACGCCCCACCCAAUAGGUGAAUCUUUCAAAGUGUGGGAAAUCUCCCCUUUCUUCAAUCCUAGAAUCGAUGCCUAAGAAAAAGGGUAUAUCUAUUAAAAUGCUCAACCCAUUCAUGCGAUUCAAUCCUCUGCUCUGAUUCUAUUAAAAAGGAAACACUCCACUAAGUCGUACACACUCCCCAAUAAGUCUGGUAAUUAAUUCGUUCAAAUCAAUGCUCGGUGCAGCAGGUAAUGUAACUUAAUCAAUCGCAAGCGGCAAAAGAACUCAAACUCAAUCCACAAUCCGUCUCGCUCGUCUGGGAAAGAAGAGCAGGCUGUUAGGCAAGCCGGCUUUAAUACAACCUCUAGGGAAGCCAGGAAAGUUGGUAUAUACUUUGUACCAAGUACCAAACUUUUGAAACAGUUUGAAUCCAAUAAGGAAGAAAUGAAAAAGCUAGGCCGAAGGAUGAGAUGGCAUUUCAAGAGAAUAGUCGAUCAGUAUGGCAGGAAGAGGUCUCUUUGUCAAAUCCUCUAUCAUCUAAAGCUGGGUCAGAAACUUCCUUUAGGAGCAGAAGAAUUUGCAGGCCGUAGGACAAAGCUUCCAUUCUCGAAGAAACUAGCCAAGUUUGAAAACACUUAAGAGGGCUGGGUAUUGAAAGAGUCUGGCAGGAAGAAGUAUAGUACCAAGCGGCAGUAAGCCUCGAUUCGAAUUAGCAGAGAGGUCAGUUUUAGGAGGUCGGUGUCCAGUGGAGUUCAGCGAGAAACUCAAAGUAAUACAUACCUAUUUGUUGCGAUGUGAUUGCUUCGCACCUUUCAAUAUUUCUUUUACUUCUAGUGCUAUCUUCCAUCCGUUCCAGUUCAUGGAUCUUCUUCUUGUUGUAGAACGAGAAUUGGAUUGAUUCCUAUAGUUUAGUUCUCUAUUUGCAAAUUCAUUACUUAAUAACGAUCUUAUAGGCUUUGUCUCAGGCAGAUCUGGAGCGACUGGAUUGAACAGAAAGUACUCUCACACUAUAGAAAAAAGUAAAGUCCACUAAAAGUACAUGCACUCUUUUCUUACACUUAUAGAGGUUCGAAGAAAUGAGUAAAAGGUAGACUAAGUGAUCAAUCAAGAUCUUGUCUCAAAACCUACUCUUAGAAGGCUCAUUCCAGCAGCCUUAGCACAAGCAAGUAGACCGUCACAAAAGAGAAUGAAAUCAAAACCGGAGAAUGAAAUGCUUUACUUAUAAUACUAAGACAACCAGGCACUUCACUUCAGGCUUUGAUCCGCGACUUACAGAACUGUUUUGCCUGACAUUCAAUCGUUUUCUUGUCUUUUUUUCUUCCCACUACUAUAUAUAAUAUAACCUUUAGAUUUUAUACUCCAUCCAACCACUCUCUGUUCCAUUUCUCAUUCCUUAUUCCUGAAAGGAUAGGUUCUUUAUUCCAGCUGUUCGUUAGAAUCUUAGCUCGAAUUCAAUGUUCGGAUGCUCCAUCCUUCGCGUCCAAUCCCUGUCAGGAGGGGCAGCUUCCUCGAGUCCGGUCUCGGAAGCUGGGGCAAAAUAGGCCAGUCUAUCUGAGGGAACGGGACCUACAAUCAGGAUCUCUUCCGCGGAUCUCUUGCCUUGCUUCUUGACUGGAACCUGGCACUUUUAGCGUGCAUCUAGUCUGCAUAUCCCUUUCUGCAAAUCUCUAUUAGCUCUGCUGCAGAAGUGGAAUGUGAGCUUGGGAAUACCCUUCCGGUUUCCAGAAUCCUAGCUUGAUUUCUUGCGUUUAAAGGCAGGCUUGACCAACCACAUCACAUAAGCCAGCGCAGCGAGAAAACUGAUUCUUCCACGGGAUUCCGCUUCCUACGAAACAUACGUUUUACGAAUUAACGGUUACCAGUAGCGAGCGAUCCUUUCCUACAAGGUAAGGCCAUGGACAAAGGUUUUUUAUCUACCCCAGCGGGGGCAGUUUUAGGAGUCUUUUUUCAAUCCAUCUUACUUUGAAUCCGGGCUCGCCUUCACUCGGUCAAGGGGUUGCCCUUUACCUCGUUCCGUGGUCCUUUAUCCCCUCCUUGCUUGCCUAGUUUUAUUCCUUUCCGAGGCCCAAAAGCCAAGCAUCACAAUCAGAGGGUUAAUCCUCCAACCAGAACCAACUUAACCUAUGGAUAGUCUCCGCCGGCCUAGGCGGAGAUGGCCAACUGAUAGAUACUUAUCCUGCCCAGCGGGUGCUACUUCUCUUCUUUCUCCUAUUUGCUUUGCUUGACGGUGAAACCUAUCGAUCAUAUCCGGAAGUUGCUUAACACUACCCUCGAAUGCAAGUCAGCUCUUCGAUUCUCGAGAAUCGGGGUGGGCCAGGUGAUUAUUUGAUUUCCAAUAUGGAUAUAAUGAUGUGUAAGAACUGCACCACCGAUAUAGCACCCUUCCUCGGACUAAGGAUAUUCGUACUCCCAGUGCUCUUGCUUCCUUUGCACCCCGGCUCCGAAGGAUCAGUAGGGAGGACUCCGGAUGCCAGUAUCGGAAUGGAAACAUUCCUCGAAUGAUAUGAUGGUUGUGAUGCCCCGUUCGUGAUACCCAGGGAAGGGGACUACAUCAUACUUCUCUGAUCCAGUCCUUUCUUUAUUGACAAUAUUUAUUAGUUGACCACUUUACUAGGCUUUCCCUAACAAAAGUAUUCCGAGUGACCACCCUAUUGUCACUUUACUGUCCAGUUCGCGAGUCCCACUCACUUAUUUUAGUCAAACCGACCCUAACUAAAACUAAGUUAAGUAUAGUACUUUUCUCAAUGCUGCCCGCCUCUCAUCUGUUUUCUAAUCAGCUUCUAUCUUCUGUUCCAACCAAGGAAGCUCUUCUAUUCAACCGGUUCGUAUCGCCAGGCCCCUCAGGGGGUACGGUUUAUCUAAUCACACUGCUCGCUACUACAGGGAUUCCUUCUCCUUGCCGAGUUGCAGGUGUUACCACCCUAGAUAUUCUAUUUAUUAUUUGUAUGCUGCCUUCUCUCCUUCAUCUGGAUUUUUGAGAUGAUUGUUAUGUUAGUUCUUCCUUCUAUGUUGUAAGGUGCAAUCUCAUCCGAUGUUUGCCAGUUUGCCCGAGUCUUCCCGAUUCUUAUCCAGCCCAGCUAGAUUGGACCAACAUCAGCGGUGCUUCUAUUAACCCUUGCUUCUCUACUAUUCUUAGGUCUUAGGAGAACCCUAUCUUCCAUAUUCCUAAUCCUCAAGUACAGUAGGCCGCACUCUUCGAUCCUUUGGUCCUAGAACACCUUUUGUCGUAAACUAUACUCUACAUUCCCCCUCGGUCUACUCCGCCAAAGUAGCGACAAGAUUCAAUUGCUGGUUCGAUUCCAGCUCGCUAUCCGACGGUUAAUCCUUUAACCAGAGAUCAGCAUCCAAGGGUUAUUCCUUGAACCAGUGCUUCCUAUCGAAUCGAUCAUUCUUUACUUACUUUAUUAAGAUUAAGUGGGCAUCCCUCACUGAAAAGAGAAUCAAGCAGGAAAACCCUAGGACGAGGGAUAGUGAUAUUCCUUUCACCGAGCAAGAAACCAUCUCUUUCUUUCACAUAUAUAUAUCUAUUUCAAGAAGUCCAAUCCACCACUAUCAAUGGAGCACUCUACUCUAUACUAUUACCGAGUGAAGAUUUCAUCGGAUCCGGCUUGCUUUCAUUGAAGGACAAGAGCGGAUAGUUCCCUUCCCUUUCUUCGAUGAACCCUUAUCUUUCGAUAGAGAAGUACAGCGAGAUGAACGAUAAGUCGAACGACAGAACAACCUGAUGUUACUGCAUCAAGUAAUUCAGAUUGUCAUAUUGAGAUUUUUUCCUUUUUUGUACUUAUUAUUCCAAGCCAAAAGGCUAUGUUCUCCCCCAUACAGCUCGCAAGGCUCAUAACCUAACUGCUCUACUUACUUAAUUCUUAAUUCAGAAAUUCAACAACCCUCCCUUGAAGGGCCAAAACAACAGCAGAGUAGCAGGUCAAAAAGAGAGAGAGAACUGAAACCGAAGAUACUUGGGUUGGGAGAACUCUUCUACAGUACUCCAUUAACAGAAUAAAAGUAUAGACCAAUCAGCCUUCCUUAUUGUCCAAGAUCAUUACUAAAGUGUUGGCCAACAGACUAGUACCAGUGGUGGAUAGGAGAGUAAGUCCCAGACAGCUAAGAUAAACUCCCGGGUAGUGUUGUCACUGCACAAGAGGUGCGUAACAGGUGUAAGCAAAGAAGAGAGCAUAACACUGGAUUUAGAAAACGAGCAUAUGAUAUGGUGAGACAACUUUCUCUUUUUUGAGGUGAGAUGCUAGCCAGCCCUCUAUUCAUGGGUGAGAUAUCGACUUUACAGCGUUACCACGUACCAAAUCGUUCACUCUAUCAGGCAGCCGGAAGUGCAUCUCUUCUUUUUGCAGGACUUCUUCCUAGCUCCGUGGAACGAAGAGUUGGAACGAAUAGUAGAAUGUUGGGCAGCAGGAAAGACUAGUUACAGAAAAGCCAGCCCCAGUUCAUUCUGGCUAUUGCAUCCGUGGAAUGCAUAGUUAGCUCCGUUUUCAAGUCCCACCCUACCUACUUAUUAGCUUGCCCUGUUUCUAAUGCGCUGUGGACCUUGCUUGUUGGCUUCGUCGACCAAUUCAAUUCCUUGUGUCGGCUCCGAUCUAACUAGUAAGAAGAAAGAUAGAUAUAUAGAAUUGGGUGGGCAGAGUUGGCUUGCUUCCAAGAGAAUAAACACCUGGCGACUCGAAAACAUGAUGCGCUAGGUUUCGAUCAGUUAAUCGAGAUAGGCUGUACUUUUCAUUCGAUUUUGUUACCACGUGCUUUUCACUUCAUGAUCAUGGCUCAUUUUCCUAGAACACCACAAAAAAUCUCCCUACCAGUUUUAUGAGAGUGCUCAGUCAACUUCCUAUAAGAGUUCUGCUUUUGCUAAUCAAAGACAGACAUCAAUCCCUCAUCCUACUCUGUCUGUCAGUCGGUUACUCAGUUCUGUUAGCUACUCACGUGUCUAUACUAAGCUAAGAUAUUCCUCAUUCUUGCACAGGACAGGACAGGAGAGGGGAUUGCCUUAGCUACCGGUACCGAACUCCGAUCAAACUAAAACGAAAAGCUUAACCGAUUCUUGUAGAGUCCUUAGCAUUAGAUAAUGCAUGCGCACACAAGAGGAAUGAACUUGCCUUCUAGUGAUUUGGAAGGAUUGAGUCGGCUGCCCCCAGCCUCGCCCCGCAUCGCCCUCCGGGGGUAGUUACGCCAGUGGAACCAACUCACAAAGCAGCCCAAAAGCAGGAACUUUUCUUGAUUGAAUUGGUUUAAAGGUAAUUCAUCAAUCCUUAAAUUAUUCCAGGAUUCUUUUGGGAUGCUAUCCACCCUUUGAUUUACGAAUUGGCUAUAAUAUUUACUCUGGAUCCCUUCCAGCUGCAAGUCAAGAAGGAUCCUUUGAAACAUUUUAGGAUUAUACUCACAAUUGGUUUGGGGGUUUCGUAUUGCAUUGCCCGCACUAUCCAUAUCCUGGAACAGGAUUGAUUUGGCCAUGGAAAGGGCCAGCUAAACGCCUAAGCUCUGAAAGUACGGAUUGCUUCCCUUCAUAGAUUUUAUUAGUUAAUUUGAGAAGUUCCUCUGGGCUCCUGGUCCUUUCCAGAUACUGCAAACUCAAAUUAUGAAAUAUGAGAUCCCUGCUACUCAGAGUCAGAGACCCGAAAGGACGUGGUGGACUCCCUGGUUCCCCCUCAUCUGCAGGAGAAAUUGAAGAAGGUGCAGCCCCGCCCCCUGCGGAGUGACUCGGGGCCGGCGGUGGAGUAGUACCUGACUGGGUCGAGUAGGCACCCUCCUCAGGGCUAAGUGGCGGAUCUAGAAAAUAGUCUGAGCCGUCAAGAACUAUUUCAGGGGGCAGACCCGAGUGCUCUAUUGGAGCUUUGCCCUUGCCCUUAUCUUGGGCUUGACAGGUAGACUAUAAAGAGAUUCAGUACAGCAAGCCUGACACUCAUAUUUAUUAAUAUAAUGGGGACCCAGAGAAAGAUAAUAGAGAGCCAUCUGCCAAUAGGCAGAAUAGAUUCCACACUCACUUCAGAUUCUGGGUGGGUAAAGGGAAACGUGAUCUCUAUUCUGAGAGGGAGCGCGGUCGAGCAUAGACUCGGCAACAACCAAUACAUCCAAUACCACAGUAGGCCCACGUACUACAGCUUAAAUGUACUGUAUGUGCCAUCAUAAACCAUUUCAGUCGUAGUACCUAACCUACCAGGCACUUGUUUGCCACCAAGAUAACCUAAUUAACGUGAAACCAACUGUAUUUCCGCUGUAGUACCUACCAGGCUUGUAACCAAGCUAAGUGAAAUUGAAAAACAUUUUCGCUGUACUACCGCUCGUGUAACCGACGUAAUCGGUCUUAAACACCUAUAAUAUAAGGAACUCGUGUACAACCAUAACAUUUAUAUAUUUCACAGGUGUACCACCGUAACCAAUUUCACUCGUGUACUACAAAGAAGAAAAGAAAAAAAGAAAAUUAUAGCUUUCUUUUUUUUUUGGUGCGUGCUUUUCGCCUGCCUUCCCGACCACGGAUAGGCUACGGGGCUUUGCACUUCGGCCCCUGUGAAUACCACAUCAAGGUGACAGGAUUCGAACCUAUGGCCCUCUGUACCCAAAACAGAUGCGCUGACCCCUGGAGGGAUGGAUCCAGGGGAUAGAAGGUUUAGCACGGUAUCACCUAAUGUUGAUUUUGUUGAGCUAGCCAAACAAAUGAAAAUAGUAACUGAAAAUAUAGAUCGACGGAGGGAAAUGAUAAAUAAACAAGUAGCCUUCCAUUAUGCGGUAAACGUUUAUCAUGUAAACUCCGUCGGGGGUAUAGAAGAUAUCGAACAAUACAGCGAAAUCCCUCAUGUUUUAAUAGGCUGCGGUAACACAAUCAGUGCUGAUCCCUACUUCGGAGACGAAGAUGAUUGUUCUCUCAUGUGGGAGAAUUUAGUUUGGGCAGGUUUAUACGGUGAUGGAAUGAAAACCCCUUUGAUUGAUUCUCACCCAACCAAUCGAACCUAUAUUGAUAUUAUCGCUGAUGGUGUCGAUUUUCAUGAAGAUAAUAGAAAAGUAAGAGCUAUCUUCAAAAUCAUUGAUGGAAAAAUGUGUGAACUAUGGUGGCUUAAUGGAGCAAAGAGAAUGAUAGUAUUUGGACAGUUAUAGAGAACUAUAAAACAUUUUGUGAAAUGAAUGAUCCUUGUGUUUAUACACAAGAAUUCAGAGAGUUCGUUCGAGCGAGAAAUAAAAAUAAUUCUGAUUGGCCUUUUAUUCUGGAGUUCUUUCAUGCCAACCUAUUUCAUACCAAUAUAGUAGAUGUAAUGUAUAAUAUAAUUAGCAAGGACGUCAGGCUUCAAUACGUUUUGAAUUUCCCAUCUUUGACGGUUUCGUCACCAUAUAAAAAUCAGUCAGUGAUGGAUAAUGCUGACUUGGGAAAGAAAGUACUAUUUGCACUUAGCGUCACAUAUAUGCAUCAUGUGUGCGCUAAAUUUUUAGAAGGUGAUCUAUAUUUCCGGAAUGAUAUUGAUAAAUAUCGGGAUAAUCCUUUCAUCCCAUUUAUACGUUGAUGGUAAUAUAUUCGAGGGGAAGAUUUGCCUUAGCCAAUCAGCUGGUAGAGCACACCUUAAGGAUGUUUAUUAGAUGAGGAAGAUCGUUACGUUACUGAGCAGAGAUAUUUUGAGUUACUUGAGAUACUAGUCUCACCUCAAACUAGCAUCCAAUUGUUUUCUCUUUAACAACGAAACGAGGGAGAGAAAGACUUUCUUCUGGGGGGAAGGCAGGCUUUCUCGGUGUGAGAGCUAAGACCACGGUCCAGAGUGGUGGCUUGUAAAACUCCACAUAGAGCUGUCGACUAUAAGACUGCAGUCCUGAGAGAUGGCGGUCUCUCUCGGGAAACAAGGCUCAUUUAUCUCUUCUUUCUUUUUGGUAUGAUAUUUUUGAUACGAGUUUUCUAUAAAUACUCUAUACCAGAAAUCACUAUCCUCAGGGAUGGGAUGGAAUCUUGCUACCGGCGUACCUGAUUGAUAACUACGCUCAUAGCAUAUACGUCAAUUCAUGGAAUCCGCUCUGGCUCCGGGAACGAAUCCAUAUAUAUAAUAUAGGAAAGCGCCUAUCUAUGGGUUGGCGAGGAAGACUGUCUUCGGGGAAGAGAGGGUUUCGAGUAAGAGAAGGUUUCUCUGCGUAUAGGGUUUCUCUGCAUAAGUAAGAAAGGGUUUCUCUGCGUAUAGGGUUUCUCUGCAUAUAAGUAUUAUAGGAGCGUAUAAAGUACAGUAUUAUAUUAUAGGAAAUGAAAAGAGCUAUUGUAUUGUCUGGUCUCUUGUUAAUUAGCAAAAGAAGUUCGAUUGGAAGGUGCUUAUGUGACUUCUCUGUUGAUACUAUCUGUUCACGUGAUUAACUCACAUAGAAAGUAGGCAUAUGCUUACUAAGUUGAUUCCCUUCAAUCUCUAGCCGUACGUACAAAGUAUACUAGGGAUAAAAUAGCUCUCUACCACUACAGUAUUGAGCACUAGGGUAGGAGUUUCAACUCUAAAAAAUGGAAAUCCCCACCAACCUUCAAAUAUUAAUUUAAUAAAGUAUAGCAAUCAUGACAACCGAUUUCAACCGUAUGAGGGAUUUGUAUUGUAAGUUCGAAAAGUUUGUAUUUGACAAGAGAGGUGUAUCUAAUAUAUUCCAAGUACCGGAUAUUGAAUGUAGUACAUCAGUGGAAUCUGUAAAUAGAACAUUAUUGUGGAAAGUAGUGGGUUUAUAUAAGAAGUUAUUAUCUAAUAAUAGUAUUUCUAAUAGAUCAAAUGAUAUUAUCUCUAAUGAGAUUUUCUCUAAUGGCCCGUAUAUAUUCAAAUCGUUAAAUGAUCAACUAGCAUAUCAUAGUAAGUUAUAUAUGGAUUCAUUAACUAAUAAAGAUUUCAUUCAUCAAAUAUCAUAUGAAGUUUAUGAUCCUGGGUGCAAAUUAUCUUUGGACAUCUCCUAUUGUCAGUUUUAACGCAACAUUAAAUAAAUGGAAGUUUGAUUCUUGGAAAGAUUUGCUAUCUUUAAAACAAUUUACACCCGGGAUAGAUGAUGGUAAUAAGUGGUUAGAAACAGUGUUAUGGCCAGCCUAUAAAAGUGCAUUAUCAAAGAAAUAUUUUUUCAUAUCCAAUAAUUUAACCAAUUGUUUGAUAAAAAUGACAACUAUAUCAAUCAUCUAUGGAUGGAGGAAUCAAUACUGUAUAUGGUAGUAUUUUCGCACUUGUCAGAGUUGGUUUUUACACUACAGUUUGGUACAAGUUUAUACCUUGUAAUAUAGAUAUUCAACCAGAUCAACUGCUUUAUAUGUCGUGGGAUUACUUUCUCAAUGAGAGUGCUAUUGUACAAGGGUAUACUAAGAUAACACUGCAGGAAACUCAAGAUAUAUCAGAUAUAGUGAUGUCAAUCCGGGGAGAUACUCCUUUUACCUUUGAUGAGAAUAGUUUUAACAAUAUGGCUAUGUUGAAAGAGGUCAUACCACCAGAGGAACCAGCAAUACAAAUACCUAUGGAUAAUAUAGACAGAAAAUGGAGAGUAGGGGUUAGUUUAGGUAUCGUAAUAGCAUUCUGUGUUGCUAUUGGUGUAUUUCCAGACUAAACAACGAGAAGGAAUCCACUAGCUCUCUUUUCCACACAUGCACUGUCAAUUCGAUUGCCAAAGAGUGAUAAGACAAGUACCUUCGGCAGCUAUCUAUGGAUGCUUGCAGCAGGUCUGCAAUGAAUGCAUGCAGCUAAGUAAACUCCUGUCCUACAAGGCAGCCAUACUUUACCUGAAGUCACACUGGGCCAGGUUCCGUCUUUAAACACUUGCCCAAAAACCAUCUCAAAAUCUGAGUGAACUAUCCCAAUACCUUGCUGGAAAGCUGGAAACUUCAGUUGUAUAGGUAGAGAGGAAAGAUCAGCAUAGAAGUGAUGUUCAGUAGAUAUAGAAGUGAUGUUCAGUAGAUGCCGAGUAAGUUGGAGUUUCUGAAGUGCUUGUUGGUAGUUCUCCCUGCGCUUGAAUUCAAAAGCUUAUCCCAUCUUUUCUGUGAAGAAAACGAAAUAGUCAGGCGGGUCCCUGUCUGCCUAGUAGUACUAUCUUUAGUUGUGGAUUUUGUUUAAGAUCUUCUUCCUUUUAUUCCUUGAACAACAAGGAUACGGAAUUACGUUAUUAGUACUCGGUUAACGUGUUGUAUGUUAUUGUGACAAAUAAGCGAAUAAGCAUUGAUUGAGAAACUAGUUUGCCCAAGGAAGGCCUUUUGCUCUCGAAAGCCUAUUCGUCUAUGAAAAACGAAUCCCGUGUGACUGAUCUUUACUAGUACCUUCUUUUGGCUAGCCCGUUUCCACUACUUUAUUUACUAGACUCAAUGCCUAUGUUCUGGGCUAUCUGUGAAUGCUUUUCCCUGUGCUUCUGUUAGCACAUUGUUUUCCUUUACUCUCUAUUUGGCCUUCGCUAUUUGAUUAUUCUCUAUGGUCUCUGAAUUCCGAUCAUUCACUUCAAGAAGCAGCUCUUCUAUUAAAU